AUGCGGCGCGCGAGGCCGCCCACGGCGCCGGCGCCGGGGGCCGGCGGCGACGAGGCCGUCAAGUACCGCGGCGUGCGCCGGCGCCCCUCCGGCCGCUACGCCGCCGAGAUCCGCGACCCGGCCAAGAAGACCCCGAUCUGGCUCGGCACCUUCGACUCCGCCGAGGCCGCCGCCCGCGCCUACGACGCCGCCGCCCGCGACCUCCGCGGCGCCGCCGCCCGCACCAACUUCCCCUCCUCCUCCUCCUCCACCCCUGCACCGCCCGUGCCCCCCGCCCCCGCCCCGCCGAUGGUGGUGGUGGCCGCCACGUCCAGCCACAGCAGCACCAUCGAGUCCUGGAGCGGCGGCGGCGCUCCCGUCCUCGUCCGCGCCGCCGCGAUCGGCGCGCCGGCCGUCGAGGAGGACUGCCGCAGCUACUGCGGGUCCUCCUCCUCCGCGCUGUGCGAGGACGGCGCCUCCGCCGAGGCCGCCCCGCUCCCCUCCACGUCCCUGCCCUUCGAUCUGAACAUCGAGGCGCCCGCCGACGACGACGACGACGAGAUGGACUGGCGCUGCGACACGCUGCUCCGCCUCUGAUUCGAACCCGGUACCCGCCUGCCCGCCUUGGC